CCUUCGAGGAUAACUUUAAUAAAUACAACAGGCAGCUAAACGUUGCACUUCCUUAAAAUUCCCCAUUACUUCGAAUUAAUUUUGGCAUCAUAAUUCAGAAUCAUACACUUUCUGUUAUUGCACAUAUGUAAUUCGAAAGAAAAAGAAAUCAUCCUCGAUAUUACCGUGCUCCAGACUUCAUCCAGGCUAUAAGAACUUUAUUCAUCGAUAUUCGUCCAUCGAAUGGCUUCGUAUCACGGCGUGAAAUUGAUAUAUCGUAUUUAUAGUUUCUAAUACGCGGCAACAGGCGGAGGUGGUCGUCGUUUCGUGCUCCCCGAAAUAAAUGGAAGAGACCGGUGAAGCGCCGAAGAUGGCGUCGCUGCGGCAGACGACGACCUCCUUGCUCCUAGCUCGAUGGAUGUCUGCUAAGCGCUCCAGGCAAAAUGAGAGUCAGGACGAGGACAACGCUCGAUACACGCCUCCCAGCAGCAUACCCGCCAUGGAGGAUUACUCCAUAAACAUCAGCGAGCUCGGCUAUUGCACGGAGAUCGAUCGCUCGUCCUUGCGCAUCAACGAGGAUUUCAUCAGGAACGUCCUCGCGGAGCACGCGCGGCAAAUAGGCUGCAGAGGCCAACUCUGCGAGGAUCUUGAGAAGUUGGGUACAACUGGGAACGAGGCGUUUUUCGCAGCCUGCAAGCCCAACGAGAUCAACGUUCUGCUGCUGUACGCGAGUUUCAUCGGGCGUGUCGACCUCAUUCGCCGUUUGUGCGUCGAGGGCAACGUCGACUACGCGGAGCCCGAGCAGGGUCUCACCGCGUUGCACUUGUGCGCGUUUCGAAACUGCCUGGACGGAGUCCAGUGUCUGAUAGCACACGGCGCCAACAUCUACGAUAUCAGUCAGAAGCACACGCCGUUUCAUUACGCCGCCUUCGGCGACUCCUACGAGGUCGCUCAGUACUUCGUGCAGCGAGGUCUCAGCCAAAAGUCCUCGGAAGACGAGGAGACGGUGUUGCACGUGGCGGCGCGUACGAACGCUCUGCGCGUGCUCUCUCUGUUAGCGCCGAACAACGAAGACUUGGAACGAUUGGACUCGGACGGAUUCGCCGCUAUUCAUUACGCCGCCGACGCCGGCAACUCAGAUUGCUUGUGCGUGCUUCUGAAGGCGGGCUGUCCGGUGGAUCUGCCCACCGGGAAGAACGACACCGCCUUGCAUCUGUCUGCGGGAGCCGGUUGCGUGAACAGCGUCGUGCGUCUGGUGGAGGCGAAGGCGAGCCUUAAGCUGAAGAAUCACCGAGGGUACACGGCCAUGCACCUGGCCGCUCGCUCUCACAGCUUGGAGUGCGUGGAGGUCUUACUGAGGGGUGGCGCCGACCCGAACGUGGAGGACGACGAGGGUCGGUCGCCCCUGCAUCUGGCCUUGAGCCGGUCCCUGAUGACCGACGACAUCGUCGAGCUUCUGCUGUUUUGGAAGGCGAACGUGAACAAAGCCGACAAGUACGGCUACACGCCUCUUCAUAUCGCCGCCUCGAACGAACUGUCGCGAUGCGUCGACCUGCUGAUCAGGCACGAGGCCGACCUCACCGCCAGGACCAACGGGGGCACCAGCGCCUUAUCCAUCGUCCUGCGCAAGAUUCCCACCUGUAUGGACGCGUUCGAGCGAAGACUGGACGCGUCCGUGAGUCUGCACCGGCAGGGAUUCAUGGCGGGCGAGCUGCAGCUGCGACUGGACUUCCGUCCGUUGCUGCAGCAUCGCCGGCACAGCGAGAUCGGUUACCUGCACACCUUCGUCAAAGAGGGCUACAAGGAGAUCCUGGAGCAUCCUCUGUGCCAGUCCUUCCUCCACCUCAAGUGGCAAAAGAUCAGGAAGUAUUACGCUGUCAGGCUGCUCUUCUUCCUGGUGUACAUACUGAUCCUCACGUUCUGGGUGAUGACCGGCCUCGCCUACAACUGUUACAACGAAUUGCACGAGCGUCCGACUCGGCCGCCCUGCGACUUUUUCCAUCCCGCGGUGCUCGAGAUUCAGUGGUGCACGCUAGUCGUGCUCACCCUGUUGGAGCUCUUUCGCAAGUUCACCGUGUUACCCAGUUACCGGUCCGUCCGGCAGUUCUUCACGCAGGCGGACAACCUGCUGGACUGGUGCCUGAUAUCGAGCGUGUUCGCGAUUUUCGCGUACGCCGGCAAAACGCACGUUUGGCAGAACUACAUCGGCGCCUUCGCUGUCCUUUGCGGCUGGAGCAACCUGAUGCUCAUGAUCGGCCAAUUGCCGAUGUUCGGCGCAUACGUCGCGAUGUUCACCAGCGUGCAGGCUCAGGUCAUCAAGCUGCUUAUGGCGUACGCUUGCCUGCUGGUGGGCUUCACAGCCAGCUUCUGCGUUAUCUUCCCGCAUUCCAAGGCGUUCGGCAGCAGCCCGCACAUGGCUUUCAUCAAAGUCCUCGUGAUGAUGACCGGCGAGCUGGGCUUCGAGGAUCUCUUCUUCUCGUCUUCCAACAAGACCGCCCAAACGACCGUCCUUACGGAAGGGACUCCCCCUUGGCUCUUGCAAUUCUCGGCCCAGCUCUCUUUCGUGCUAUUCCUAUUAUUCGUGACGAUCGUACUGAUGAACUUGCUGAUCGGCAUAGCUGUGCACGACAUCAAAGGUCUGCAGAAGACAGCGGGACUUGCGAAGCUGGUUCGUCAAACCAAACUGAUCUGCGACGUGGAAGUUGCGCUGAUUUUCGCGCUUCUGCCGAAACGCCUGAUAAAGUGCCUGCGAUGGUCCGCGUUGGUGCUGCCCUCGCCGUUAUGCGCCUUCCUAACUGUCCGUCCGUUGAAUCCCCGAGAGACGAGAUUACCGCGUGACAUUCUCUCUGCCGUCUACAAAAUAGCCAAGGAAGAAGACGGGCCUAAUCAUUUCGCCGUAUUGCGCAAGAAAACCCACCGUCCGGGCUUCGCGAAAGCGAGUCUGAAAGGUGAUCCGGUCUCGUGCCGUCGACGUGACACAUCGGUACAGGAUUGCAAUAGACUCGAGGACGACAUUGCCGAGCUCAGGAGGAUUUGCGAGAAAAAUCAGGCUCUACUUCGAGAGCUCGCAAAGAUGCAAAUAAAUAAUACAUCCGAGAGGAAUUACCGAGACAAGAGCCGAAGGACCUCCAGAAAAAUGCAGCAGGACGAGCGAAAGUUGCGGAACGCCGGCGGCGCGAAAGCGGAGAUGGACUUGCUGGAGAUACCGAUCAUCAACGAGGGCAGGCAACACACGUACUCCACCGGAAGCUUGAACGAGCGUCACGAGCCCCUCGCCGUGAGAUUAGCCUCGACCUACAGGUCGCUGAGAUGCACGCACGACGCGGAGGAUGAUGCGAACGGAGCCGGGUCUGACCGGAUCGACGCCGGCGAACCGCCGCCAGCGGACGAGUCUCUCUUCUUCGACAACCUGGAGUGCUGCAAGCAGCCCUACGUGAACGGCGCCAAGCUGAGGUCGGCCAUAUGGUCGAUCGUCAGCCCGGCGGAGACAAGGCUGCUGCUGUACAUGGAGAAGUGCGACGCGCUGCCGGACGCCUGCAAGGGACUGCGGAACGUCGCCUACAUCUGGGCGUCUUACCGCGGCCUGCCGCACCUCCUGCCCCAGCUGGAGAGAGCUGGCGCGCGCUACGACUACGUCGAGCCACGUUCCGGCAUGAACGCCAUCCUGGCGGCCUCGUUGGGCGACAAGGUGGCUUGCGUGGAGUAUCUCAUCGGGAAGGGCGCCGACGUGAACUACGAGAACCCGAUCAGCCGGUACACGGCGCUCCACGUCGCGGCCCUCGGGAACAGCUGGCACGCCGCGGCUACCUUACUCGAGCACGGCGCCAAGCUGAACUACUCCGGUCAGGAAAUGGUGGAGCCGGUGCUGCACAGCGCCGUCAGGGCGAAGGCCGUCGAGACGGUGAAGGUGCUGCUCGAACGCGGUGCCAGCGUGGUCGAGAAGAACCACCUGGGCCAGACGCCGCUGCACGUGGCCUGCUUCGUGCAAUCGAUACCCUGCGUCGAGCUGCUGUCGGCCGGCGCGGCCGACGCCGUGGACCGGGAGCACCGGACGCCCCUGCAUUUCGCCGUGAUGAGCACCGACUCGUCGGUCGAGCUGGUGCAGCUGCUGCUGAAGCGCGGCGCUCUGGCGAACGCCGCCGACAAGAGCGGCUUCACGCCGCUCCACAUCGCCGCCUUGAACGAGCAGUCGCGCUGCGUCGACGCGCUGAUCUGGGCGGGCGCCGACAUCAGCGCGACCACCUGCGCCGGCCUGUCCGCGUUGAACGUCAUACUGAGGAAGAUCCCGGAGUCCUUGCACGUGUUCCGCCAACGACUGGACGCCUCCAUCAGACUGACCCGGCCGGUGUCGCACAACCGGGAGUUCGAGAUGAAGCUGCACUUCGACAUCCUCUUCCCCAGUAACAAUCAGUGCGAGACCAGCUUCAUAAACACCUUCGUGCAGGAACACCGGAAGGAUCUGCUGUCGCACCCGCUGGUCAUGGCUUUCUUGCAUCUCAAGUGGGAGAAGAUCCGCAAGCUCUAUCUUUUGAGGAUAUUCCUCUACGCCAUGACGGUGAUAUGCAUGACCACCUACGUGUUGACCGCGCUCGCCUACAAGUGCUACAAUCACGAGAGCAACAACUCGAAGAUAUGCAGCGGCAAGAGGAUCUCCUUCCUCUUUAGACGGCCGAUCAUCGAGAUCGAGUGGUACCUGGCACUGGUGUUGACGUGCAUCACCAUACCGCGGAAGGUAAUCGGCUUCAUUUCGGUCCACAAGUCGGCGAUCCAGUACUUCUCCAACAUCGACAACGUGUUGGACGGUGUGGUGAUAGUCAGCAUAUUCGUCACGUCCUUCAUUUACACCGGACGCACCUAUGACUGGCAAAACUACGUGGGCGCGUUCGCCAUACUCUGUGCGUGGACCAACCUGAUGCUGAUGGUGGGCCAGUUACCCGCCUUCGGCACCUACGUCGCCAUGUUCACUCACAUCCAAUUCGAAUUCGCCAAGCUUUUAUUGGCAUAUUCCGGCUUGCUGAUCGGCUUCACCGUCAGCUUCUGCGUCAUAUUCUCGGGUGAGCCCGCGUUCGGCAAUCCCUUCACCGGUCUGAUCAAGGUCCUGGCGAUGAUGGCCGGUGAGCUGGACUUCGAGGGACUCAUUAAUCAGUCGGACGACGAGCCGACCACCGGCUCCUUCGUCAUCUAUCAUCCCCUCUCGGUGUGCUCGCAAAUUCUCUUCACGCUCUUCAUAGUCUUCGUCACCGUAAUCUUGAUGAACCUGCUGGUCGGUAUUGCCGUGCACGAUAUACAGGGUUUGAGAAAUCAUGCGGGACUGACGAAACUUGUAAGGCAGACCAAGCUGAUAUUAUUCACGGAAAUGAUACUGCACAACGCGACCAUCCCGUACACUUUCCGCAAGUGGAUGUCGGAUCACAAGAUCGACGUUGAGAAUAGGAAGCGAGUGCUCGUAGUGAAGCCGCUUAAUCCUCUGGAGAAGCGGCUGCCGAAGGAUAUAUUGAAAGCCGCUUACGAAAUAGCACAGAAGAACAUCCCCUUCGACGACGUCAGCUUGAGCGAUCACGCCGCUUGGCUGAAACGGCAGGAGCCCUCCGACGUGCACACGGCGAUCGAGAAACUGAUCACUAUGGUGAAAGUGAACGAGGAAGCUGUGAAAUUGUUAAAAGUAGAAUUAAUGGAAAUGAACAAAAUGCUGAAAACUGUUAUAGCAACAUUAACGAGAGGAGAGCGGCAUACCUGAAUUGGAUGAUUUCUCGUCGAUCCAAUCCAAAAUUUGCAUCGCGUAAUUCGAACUUUUCAUUAUUAUUUAUAAGAUGUAUCCUUAUAGUACACGUUCUUGGCCAUUUUUAUACGUCUGCAGAUACUGUAUACUUGUAUAGUUUAAUAAAUUUUUAUUCAAAAUUAAUUUAAAAUUAAUAUCAAGAUUCAAAAUUAAUAUAUAAAAACUUUCAAUUACAAUUCAUUAAUUUGAAAUGAAUUCACGAGAAGCAUCGAGCUCCCACAGAGAAAUCUCUGAACUUGACUUGCAAAUGCUAUGCUUCUCUCAUUAAUUUUUUUUUUUUAUUUUAAACCUUAGCUCGAACAUCAAGGUUGUCUCACAUAAUGUUUUUUUUUUG